AGGUGAGCACGGCGUUCGGGCUGGCUCGCCGGCCGCCCCCGCCGCCGGGCACGACUAGCGUCUGCAUCUGCCGGACCAGCUCUGGCAUGCGGUCCCAGUGGCCCUCGGCGCGGCAGCGCUCCAGCUCGCUCUCCAUCUUCAGGUACCGGUGACCAUGAGAUCUCUGCAGCCACUCAGAACCCCCUUCCUGUGCGCCCUGCUCUGGGCCUUUUGUGCCCUGGGUGCCAGGGCCGAGGAGCCCGGGGCCAGCUUCUCCCAUCCCGGCAGCGUGGGCCUGGAUAAGAGCACAGUGCAUGACCAAGAGCAUAUCAUGGAGCAUCUAGAAGGUGUCGUCAACAAACCAGAGGCAGAGAUGUCCCCACAAGAACUGCAGCUCCAUUAUUUCAAAAUGCAUGAUUAUGACGGCAAUAAUUUGCUUGACGGCCUAGAACUCUCCACAGCCAUCACUCAUGUCCAUAAGGAGGAAGGGAAUGAACAGACACCAAUGAACGAAGAUGAACUGAUCAACUUAAUAGAUGGUGUUUUGAGAGACGAUGACAAGAACAAUGACGGAUACAUUGACUAUGCCGAGUUCGCAAAAUCACUGCAGUAGACACGAUGUGGCCACCUCCCAGUUAGAUGCAAAUGUGAACCGUUAUAAUGUGAUCAGACACUUUCGGUAAUGCAAAAUAACUCAUUUCCAAAAUACUGCUACGGUAUUUUGAACCUGUAGCAGCUGGUUACACUGGGGUGAGAAAGAGAAAUCAAGAGAAAUCAAAAAGCAGAGAAAUGGGACAUACUGUAGUCCCCAAGUACUAUUAAAUCUCUUAUUGGACAAGGGCUUGAUUAAAGAAUCCUUUUAAGAAUAUUGGAUAAUUGGAGCUGAGCACUCAGGAACUAGACUGGAGAAUGCUGCCAGGCUCUUGCUUUUAAUUCAUGCUACCUGAAGAGUAAGACAAGCUCUUGCUAACUGGACACACUUUUCAGCAACUGAAGGAAUGGAAUGAAUGCCACAUGUUUUCCCUGGUGGGUCCUGUCUUCAGGAAACAUGGUCAGUAUUCUGUAAAGUUCCCCUGGCCUAAAUGAUUACUUGUUCUGGCCAAGGGAGUAUUUAUUAGGCUAUUUCAAAGCCACAGCAUCUAUUUCGAAGAAUGUCAAAUAGUUCAGCUAGCCACAGAGUCUAACAUUCUGUAUCUCCUGGCACUUUGGAAACAGCACACCACUGGCCUAAGUGAUUCACCGUUUUCAGUUUUUCAAUAUUUUAUAAAACUACUGCCACAUCCUUACGCUUUCUUUUAUGUCUUCUUCAACCUAGGAGAGACCUCGAGUCUAAAAGUGUUCUCUACUUCUCAUCAUUAGCAAAUGUUACAGCUUUCUAAACAUUUGUAUUUAACUCUUGUUUCUAGGGUUCUGUUUCACAGUUUAGAAGCUCUUAGGAAUAAAAGGACUUUAUCCCUUCUGCUUGAUACAGCAGGGGUGAGCUACUAGCUGGGCUAGCGUAAGUGAGGCGUGUAAAGAUUGUUCACCAAGCACAGUGAUUAACCCAAUGCAAGUUAGAUUUAGAAAGAAUGUUGUUUAAAUUACCUCUUCUAGCCUGAAUACGUGAAUUCUUUCAGAUCAGGAAAGAUUAGAAAAAGAAGCCUGAAAACUCUUAACAUUGUGAAUAGUAAUUGAAAACAAGCAGCGGCAGCAGAUUAUAAUUUGGUUUAUGGGAUGUGACGCAUGUGCUGUGAUAGGAAACCUGAAAUGAUGGUUGAAUGGGAAAAAAACUGCAUACAAUUUGCUGUAAGAUAUAUAGAGACUUAUUUUCUGUACCAAAGUAUUCUUUCAAGAAAAAUAAGUAUUUGUAAAAAUGGUUUCGUGUCAAGUAUUUGUGCAAUCAGAGCUGAAUUGUAAACUAUUCUUGCAAAGUCUAGUAUUUUGAAAGAUUUAUAUAAUGAAUUCUGGAUAUAUGACUAAUAAAACCGAUGAAACAAAAGAAA